UAUAGUGCCCGCUCGCCGCGAUAGGCUGCUGCUGUUGCUGCUGCUGCUGCUCCUGCUGCUGCUAGAGACUCUCUGGGCGCAGCGAAACACUCGAGAGGAGAAAGAACGGCCCCCAAGCCAACUUGAAAAUUUGCAUGAGGUGGCUGCGUCGCCUUGGCCCCAAGACAGCUCGUUUGUUAACCAGGACGUCUGGCGUCAUUAGCGAUAUGCUGGAAACAACACACGGUAUGCCUACGCCGCUGACGCCUUCGUCAUCGGCCUAAAGGUCUCAUCAGUGGGCCAAGGGUCACCCGAGCAAUGCGUCCCAUCUUGGUGGUCAUAUGCUUACAAGUAUGCACGGUCACCGACUUGGCGCUCAGCGCGGACGAGAUUCAGCUCGAUCCAAGCAUGCCCAACGUGUGCGCCUACCGAAACUCAGAGACGGUGCGCGUCUCGAAGCCGAGCCGGCGAGCACGCACGCAGAUGGUGAAGAUACGGAUCGCCAACUGCUCCCACGCACAAGCGGAGUGCUUCGAGUACCAACCUAGGACAGUUCACUAUGUGGCGUACGAAAACAGGCUGGAGCGUCGGUACACCACUGCUUACGGAUGUUGCGAGGGCUGGACGAGGCGCAGAGGCGAGAAAGGAUGCCUGCAGCGAUCGCUGGCUUACGUGGACGCCACGCAAUGCCUUAACGGCGGCCGCAGUCGCCGGCACAGCCGGCAGUUCGGCGAGCCGCACUGCAUCUGUCCGCCCGGUUACCAGGGUCCUCAGUGCGAGUCCGACGUGGACGAGUGCCUGGCCGAGAACCGCUGCACCCACGACUGCAUCAACACGUUCGGCUCGUACCGCUGCUCGUGCCAUCCGGGCUACCAGCUCGCCGGUGACGGGGCUUCCUGUUUCCGCAUCGAUGUACAGGAAAUACAUGAGUGUGGCGUUGACAACGCUGGUUGUGAGCACAACUGUCGAGUCACUCGGUCCGGACCGGAGUGUUCCUGCCGCGAAGGCUACAGACUUCUCUCUGACAAGAAGUCUUGCGAAGACAUUGACGAGUGUCUCGAAGAGCCGGGCCGUUGUGAACAUCGCUGCCAAAACUUGGACGGCUCCUUCCGAUGCACGUGUCCAGCUGGCGUGCAGCUAGCCGAAGACGGCAGGACCUGCAAGCUCGCUCAAUGUGCGGAGGGACUAUUCGGCGAGAAAUGUGAGCACCCAUGUCGUGCCUGCAAACACGGCGCGUGCGAUUCUGCCGCCAAGAUGUGUCGCUGUCAGCCGGGAUACGUCGGAGAAUUUUGCGACGCAAAGUGUCCCCAGGGUAUGUUCGGUGCCGACUGCAAAGAGAAGUGCCUCUGCAACGCCUCCGCCGUGUGCAAUCACAAGACAGGCCGAUGCAGCUGCACACCGAACGCAAACGGCAAGCAUCGCUGUAACGACGUGUGCCCUUUCGGACGUUUCGGUGAAAAGUGCGAUCGCCUGUGCCCCGACGACUGCCCGAGCGGCCGCUGUCACCGACGUUUCGGCUACUGCGAGUGUCCUCCCGCCAGCCACGGCCGAUUCUGCAACCUCCCGUGCGCGCCCUUCACGCACGGACCGAGCUGCGCCAGGGUGUGCAAGUGCGACCGUGCCAACACCGUGCGGUGCGACCCCGUGAGCGGAGAGUGCGUGUGCCGAGCGGGCUUCACGGGCGCCAAGUGCAAGCACCGCUGCCCGAAGGGAACCUGGGGCGCCCUGUGUGCCCACAAAUGCAACAACUGCUCCAGCUGCGAUCCCAUGACCGGAGAGUGCGACCCCCCGGCAGCUGCUGACUGCAAGCGGUCCGGAGAGUGCAGCAAAGUUUCCUGCCGCGGCGAAAGCUGUGCAAAACCACAGCGAUGCGACUGCAGGAAUGGAGGCACCUGCCACAAGAAAACUGGGAAAUGCCGCUGUGCCCGAGGGUACCGAGGAGUACUCUGCGAACACACUUGUGUUCCGGGGACUUUUGGUGCCAACUGUUCCAAGAAGUGUCGCUGCGCCAACAACGCCGAGUGCGAUCGAGUCACGGGCCAGUGCUCCUGCACGUCCGGUUGGCACGGACCUCACUGCACCAUGCCCUGUCCCGAGGGCCAGUACGGACGCAACUGCAGCCGGCGCUGCGAGUGUGAGCCGAACGCGGUGUGCGACCCCAUGAGUGGAUCCUGCACCUGCGGGCCCGGAUGGGUGGGCAGCUACUGCGAGCGCCAGUGCCCCGACGGCUUCCACGGGCCCGACUGCAAGCUGCGAUGCCGGUGUCCCAAUGGACGGGGCUGUCACCACGUCACUGGGCAGUGCGGGUGCACCGAUGCGUCUGGCGGUGACUGUGUGGUCGCGUCCUUUCAGGAGCUGUUUUCGGAAAGAAGUCCUCCGACUGAGACCAAGCUGGAAGCCUUGAUUGCGGUCCCCAUCGCUGCCAAGCCCGACUGUCGUUGCCAGCACGGAGCCACCUGUUCCCAAGUCGACGGCACAUGUCACUGCAGACCGGGCUUCCAAGGUCGCCACUGCGAAUCGGUCUGUCCGAAAGGUUCCUUCGGAGAAGGAUGCGCCCACAGGUGCAACUGCAGGCCAUGGGAGCCCUGCGAUCACGUGACCGGAGCCUGCCGCUGUCAGCCCGGUAAAGAGGGGCCUAGCUGCGAACAAAAGUGCAAGGUCGGCUGGUACGGUCACGGAUGUUCGCAACGCUGCAGUUGUCCCGCUGGCAUCGGCUGUCACCACGAGAGUGGAGACUGCCUAUGUCGUCCCGGCUUCAAAGGAAAACAGUGCAAUGAAGCUUGUCCGAUCGGCUCGUAUGGAUCGUGGUGCAAACGAAAAUGUCUCUGCAAACACGGACAUUGUGACCGUGCGUCUGGAAAAUGUGACUGCUUCCCCGGCUAUACCGGAAGCAUCUGCGACCAAGCGUGUCCUGAUGGUAGCUUCGGAAAAUACUGCAACAGCUCCUGUAACUGCCAGAACGGCGGUGUAUGCGACUCCACCGAUGGCAGUUGUCGCUGUCCAGCGGGCGUCACCGGAAAGCGUUGCGAAAAAGACUGCCCACCUGGUAGACACGGUUCCGGAUGCUCCUUGAACUGCUCCUGCUCUCACGGUCACUGUGACUCGAAGACGGGCGCAUGUCUGUGCUCGCCUGGCUUUCAAGGAACGAGGUGCGACAAGGCGUGUUCUCCGGGUAACUACGGCCCAGGCUGCUCCCUCAAGUGCGAGUGCCAAAAUGAUGCGUCUUGCGACUCUGUAACCGGGGCCUGCAGCUGCAAACCGGGCUUCACGGGAUCAACAUGCUCGAAAGAAUGUCCGAAAGGCACAUUCGGCGAGUACUGCGCAAUGAGCUGCCACUGCCAAAAUGGCGAACGCUGCGAUCCAAGGACAGGACUCUGCAGCUGCGCUGAUGGCUUUAUGGGAGAAGCGUGCGAGCAACCGUGCGACGAAGGCCGCUACGGCAGGCACUGCGCGCUUCGGUGCUCGUGCGAUGGCCACGGCUGCGAAGGCGUCACGGGGAAAUGCCGAUGUCCCCCUGGGCGUGUUGGUCGCCACUGCGAGAAAGUUUGCUCCGACAAGUUCUACGGCCCAGGCUGCGCUCUGCUCUGCAAAUGUCCUCGUGGUUCGAAAUGCAAUCCCACGAAUGGUCAAUGCAGUUGUCCUUUCGGACUGUCCGGCCCACUGUGCACGGACAAUGAAAAGGAAGAUGGCUUGCCUGAAGGAUCAACGCUAAGCUAGGCGUGAGCGGAUGCAAGCUCUUCAUCGGCCACAGCGGUGAGCUCCGAUGCACACGACAGGAGCCUGACGACGCCUGCGCAUUUCCCGGACAGGAGAUGUCCCGGAUCUUGGACAAUCCUGCCACUCGCCCUCAGGAAAUUAGACACACACCGAGUGC